GAUUGGGUGGUCUUACCAGGUUAUCCAGGUCACGAGCGAUCCUGAGCUCGAUGUGAAGUUACUUUACUCGAGGGGAGGCGGGAUCCCCAAGAAGCAGACCAUCAACAGGGGUGAGACUAUGGCGCUUCUUCGUGCAUUGGAGGACUUCCUUGAGUUGGGCAUACCCAUGACCUUCGUGACGGUGAAGCAGGCAUUGGUACGGUACCCACAGAACCUACAAGUGGUCAAGAUCGAGAGCCACAUGGCCGUCGAGCAAGCCAAGCUGACCAACACCAACGUCGAGCACUACCCGGUCAAUGCUCUAGCGGAUGAAGCCGCAGGGUACUGGGCUCAGAAGUGCGCAGUAUCGAGUGAUGUCGUUGCGGCAGCUGAACAUGUUGGUCGAGCAGCGAGGAAGCAUUUGGCGAAGGCUUUCCUGGCAGCGGCAGAGGCGGAGCCAAGGCGUCUUCGACCAACACGCUCGAUGGCCAAGAAGUUCUGUCGGAAGGUGGCGAUGUCGGAGCACCAGAUAUAUACUGGCACGGGUACGUCUUUCCACUUGUCUGCUUGUGGUUGCAGCGCCAGCGGGAGGAAGCUUGAGGCAUUAUUGGAGACGCCUUGCUUGGGCGGAGCGGUCAAGGGUAGCAUCCAGCGGAUCGGGGACAUGGGCGUCAUGGUGCAGGGUGUUCCCAUCCACGAGUCGCACCUGCUUGGGUACUUCAGUGACAUGAAGAUCCAUGCUUGCCUACG